AUGGAGGCGCCGGCGUCGCGGGUCGGACUCGUGCAGUCGAUCGAGAAGCUGCAGCAAACGCACCUGCCUCGUGUGUCGCACGCGAUGGAGGGUUUGUUCGAGAGCGUGGCGCACGGCCUCGUGACGGACGCGGAUGGCGCCGGCGUCGAAGCGGCAUGCCAGCGUGCCGAGGACGAGCUUGCGUUGCUGGCGCGGUUUCUGCGCGACACGGGUCUCGCGGGCCUGCCGCUAUCGGACGAGCAGGAUGUGCAGCGGGUGACGCAGGCCGUCUUUGAGCAGCGAGCGCGUCUGAGUGAUGCUACGGCGAUGGUAUCGAGCAUGCUGGCCAAGAAGCCGGCCACCUAG